AGCAGCUAGCCUACCAAUAAAACAAUUGAAAAACCACCACACAGCAGCACGGACAAAAAGAUGGACUACUGGAAAGAAGAAGAGGUCCUUAAAGACGAGGAAGAGAAUAUUGCUAGUCAAAUUGAAGGACUGAGCGAUCCUUAUGGUAAGGCCAUGGAGAAUGACUGGAAAGGCAUGAAGCAAUAUUACAAGAAGUAUCCAGAAAAUUUGAUUUGUCCCGUGACGGUGGACAAAGACACUGCAUUGCACAUUGCAGCUUCCUGCUGCAGCGAAAAACUGGGCGAACAAGUCCUUGAAUUCUUGAUUAGCUUACUGCCAAGCUAUGAUAAAAAAUGCGAUGCCUUAAGGAUUCAGAAUAGCCACGGCAACAACGUUCUCCAUGAGGUGGCUGUGUCCGGCAAUCUGGAGGCAGCUAAGUUCUUAGUGAACAACUUCAAUAAACCGGCGCCUGUAGAAGAAAUCACUACAACUCGUACACUGCCUCUGCUAGAACUUCGGAACAAUUUAGGAGAAUCGCCAGUGUACAGGGCUGCUGCUCUUGGUCACCCUGACCUGGUCAAGUUUUUUGCUCACAAACUGGAGGAGGAGUAUCCGGAGAAUCCGGAGAAUCUUCGGAGGCACUUCCGCCGAAAUGAUAAAAAGUCCAUUCUUCAUAUCGCAGUCAUUGCCCAACAAUUUGAGACUGCUCUUUGGUUGCAGAGGAAGUACCCAUUUCUUGCAACUAAAAGGGAAGAAAAGGGAUUGACAAGCCUUCAAUUGCUAUCCCAAAUGCCAUCUGCCUUCGAACCAGAAUUUCAACAAAGCAAAUGGAAGAUGCUCAUUUAUCAUUGCCUUCCUGUUGGAGAUCUGGUCACACCAAGUCACAAGGAUAAUGAUGUCGUCAAGGAUGAUGUGGAGAGAUGCUUGGGUAGCGACCAGCCUCCCCAAUCCAUCUGUCAGAAGAAGCUUGCAGUUAUUCUGGAGGUGUACACUUUCAUGUGGAACUUCCUUGCUAACGAAAUUGGCAUGAUAAAAAAGAUCUGGAAGGACAAGAAAAAUAAAAAUUCUCUAAAGGAACUUGUCAGUUUGUUCGUCAAGGAAGACCAUUCAUGGCAGAAGAAGUCUAUUAAAGUAGACGACAAGACCGUUGAUCUGGGGGAAAUAGAGAAAAUAGAGGAAAAUGUUAGUAAUAAUGAUGGAGAUGAAAAAGGAAAUGGUUCUGCGGUAUCCAACAAAUCCAAGAAGUAUGUUUAUAACUAUACCCCAUUGCUCAUAGCAACUAUCACUGGAAUUGCGCCUAUUGUUAAAGAGAUACUUAAGCAGCAUCCUCAGGCAGCUGAGCACGUUAGCGACCAUAAGGAACAGAACAUUUUGCAUCUGGCCAUUAAGCACCGUCGAAGAGAGAUCUUUAAAUUUAUCAAAAGCAAGCCAAACAUAAAGUAUAGGUUGACUGCGAGGAUUGACCAUAAAGGCAACAGCAUAUUGCACCAAGCUGCAGAUAGGAGUUACUACUCUGUAGCCACGUCUCAAAAAUUAAUUGGUCCAGCCAUGCAAUUGCAAGAAGAGUUGCGUUGGAUGUUGCGUGUGAAAAAGAUAGUGCCGCGGCAUUACAUCAUGCACCACAACAAGGAGGGUCAGACAGCGGAGGAGCUGUUCAAUGAUCAGCAUAAUAAGCUUCUGGAGUUGGCACAACAAUGGAUAAAAGAAACAGCUGCGUCAUGCUCAACCGUGGCAGUGCUGGUGGCCACCGUGGUCUUUGCAGCCGCCUACACCGUUCCUGGGGGUACCGAACCAAAUGGCCUUCCUGUUUACCGUGAUUCUCCUCUCUUCUGGCUCUUCACCUGCAUGGACGUCUUGGCCAUCGCCUGCUCAUUGUCUUCAGUAGCCUUUUUCCUCUCUAUCCUCUCCUCUCCCCUUGAGUACCCGUUUUUCUGUCACGCUCUUCCCCGCAAGCUCAUGAUCGGGUUCACCUUGCUCUUCGUUUCAAUGGCAGCCACCAUGCUCGCCUUCGGUGCUACCAUUUUGCUUGUGAUUCGCAUCGAGAAGAGAUCGACUAAGUCUCUGCUUUACUCUAUUGCCUUUUUUCCAGUCCCUCUAUUUGGCUUGUUGCAAUUUCCUAUGUUCCAGUCUUUCAAAAAUAUGUAUCGGAAAAUUACCAAGAUUUUCAGCCUCCUUCUCGAAUUUUCGAAGGGGGUGUGCGGUAAGGACAAGGCGAACUGAAUCACAAAGCUAGCAUG